CAACAGUCCGACAGUGGCGGCGCAUCAGUCGAUAGGGUUCGGCCUGGUCCGACGGGUAGAGGACUGAGGUCGUGGUAGAGGAUUAAGGUUUAGUGGCGAAAAGAGCCAAGUAGAGAGGCUGGAAGACUGUGGACAAGCGUGGAACUGAGCUGAAGAGCACAGGACUUUGGAAAGAGGAGUUGCGAAAGGCUCACUGCCGAAGUUACGCCACUCCAUCGAAGUUACGACAGAAGACGUCGAAGCAAAGAAAACUGAAAGCAAGGUGAGAAAGAAAAAAAAACGUCAUUUUCGUAUCAGAACUGAAAUGAGCUAGCUGACUUAUAAAUUUUGAGCUACUGAGACAGCCAAUCUCUUCGAGGGCGCCGGUCUUCACGCGUCUUGUAAGAUCAUCAUUCAAAUAGGAGAAAGGCCAAGUAAGCGGCACAGAGAUUGAUCGCACACCAGAGCCGUGCCAGAAGCGAACCCCUAAAAAGGCUCUGUUCUGUCGUUGACUCUGCUCGCCACCACGGCACACCACCGCGCCACCAUGGGUCUGAACGAGGACGACCUGCGGCAGCUGUUCGCCGGCUACCAGUGCCGGGAUGGCGACGUCGUGUUCGAGCGAACGCCCGAGUCGCUGGUUUGCUGGGACCGAAACGCCUCCGGGCAGAACGGGAUCCUGAUGCCGCGGCCGGCCAACCUGAACCACCAGUGGCCGCUGCAGUACGCGCUGCCGCUCUACGGCUACGUCAUGCCGCUCCUGUUGGCCGUCACCAUCGUGGCCAACACGCUAAUCGUGGUGGUCAUGUCGCGCCGACACAUGCGCACGCCCACCAACCUGGUCCUGAUGGCGAUGGCAGUCUCCGACAUGCUGACGCUGCUGCUGCCGGCGCCCUGGCUGCUCUACCUGUACACCUUUGGCAACUACCACAAGCCGCUCGACUCCAUCUACGCGUGCUACAUGCACGUCACGAUGACGGACACGCUGCCGGCGCUGUUCCACACCAGCAGCAUCUGGCUGACGCUGGCUCUGGCCGUGCAGCGCUACGUGUACGUCUGUCACGCGGCUGUGGCCCGUGUCUGGUGCACCGAGCGACGCGUGGUGCGCGCCAUCGGCUGGAUCUACGCACUGGCGCUGCUGCACCAGGCCAGCCGCUUCUUCGACAAGAGCUACGACCUGCUGGAGGUGAUCCACAUGGGCCGCGUCACGUCCAGCUGCUCCAUCGGCCGGCCGCACUGGGUCACCGACGUCAUCAACACCGGCCUCUACUACGGCGUCUACUUCGGCUUCCGCGUGCUCUUCAUCCACCUGCUGCCCUGCAUCAGCCUGGUGGUACUCAACAUCCUGCUGUUCCGCACCCUGCAGGAGACGCGCGCCAAACGCGAGCGGCUGCUCAGCGGCGUCGGAGGGGCGAACAAGCGGCGCCGGGACUGUCAGCGGCGCCGCGACCCGCACUGCACCACCCUCAUGCUGAUCGUCGUGGUGACCGCCUUCCUGAUCGUGGAGAUCCCGAUGGCCGUCUUCACGUGCCUGCACAUCGUGGAGAACCUACUCGGCAACAGGGUGGAGCUGCUGGAUUACGACAGGCGCCAGGCGCUGAUCGUCAUCAUCAACUUCAUCAUCAGUCUGUCGUACCCCAUCAACUUCGCCAUCUACUGCGGCAUGUCGCGCCAGUUCCGCGAGACGUUCCGCGACCUCUUCGUCACCGGCAAGGUGUCCCAGUUCUCCGCCGGUAGCUGCAAGUACUCGGGCAUCAACGGAAAACGCAACGAGACCAUGCUCUGAGGCCGGGCGACGAGGACGCUGAGGCAGGCAGCGGUCCCGCGCUCCCGGAGCCGGAGGACCGGCCGAGGCGUCAUGCGCUCAGGAAACGUGACGUGGGCUGCCCACUUUACAGGUGACACUGUAAAUAUUGAGUAUUUAUAAUAGCAAUGUAGGAUUCCAUUGCCGCACGACUUUAAGGUACCUCAGAGUAGUGAGGCAGAAUGUUGUCCACGGCUUCAAGAUAAACCACCUCAGCUGUGGAUAUAAAUUAUAGAUUUGCGUCUCCGGGCUAACUUGGAAGAUCAGUAAUUCAAUGAAAAUACGCUCAAUAAAUUCAUACGUCAAGGCUAAAAAAAAAUCAAUCAAAAAUGUCACACAGCAC